CUCUGUCACGCGAUUACAACCUGACGCAAAGAGAAAAUCCUCCUUAUCUUCAUUAUCAAUAACUCCACCUACGCCGAUUGACAUUAUAAUCCCUUAUCGCCAGACUGAACAUUAGAAGCUGUAAAGAUUAAUUGCCACAGCAUAAGUGCGAAUAAAUGAGAAUAAUUAUGGAAGGAGAGGAAAUAUAACGCCGUGGGGGAGGAGGGAGGGAGCUCAUGCUAAGCUCUCUUUUGGAGGAUUGGCUGGACUUGUUGCGGUAUAUUGGUGCCGAUGAGGAACUAACCCACGCCUUCAGAACGACUGUCAUGGCCCUGCUUGCCCCUUCCACACCCAGCUGCGGCUCGGGGGACCAACUCGCACACCUCCAGCUCGACGAGGCUUGUUUAACAGUGGUGAAUUCGGACCCCAAGACACAGUUAGAGCUUUGGGCACAGUCAGAAGAAUGCUACACGUGUCCACCAUGGAAAUACCUUACUCUCAAUGCCAGCAGCACACAAGAUCUGGUUGUAAACAGCACAUACCCAACACAGCUUUAUAUUCGAACAGCAGAUGGGACAGAUGUGCACAGUGCUACGUAUCAUUUUGGAGAAUAUGGGGGCUAUAAGCUUGGAUUUAGUACAAAAACUAUUACCAGUAUUAAGGUUCUAUCUCUGCCACAUAAUGAAUAUCUUCCACUGCUCAUUGCUGCCAUCUUCUUUGCGAUGCUAGUCUUCAUCUGGCAGUGUGGAAAGAUGCUGAUGAGGCGAAUGGACUCUUCCACAUAUUCAGUUGAGGUUUCCAGAGGGACAGGCGAGCGCACUCCCCUCCUCUCUCCGCGACAGGAAUCUCCAGUGGGGUCUUCGGCAUCUUACUCCCUGUCUCCGCCCACAAACCCCCAACCGUCAACCUCAUCUGCACUCUCCGAUGCCUCUCAUGUCCUGUCAUCGGCCUCUGCUGUUGUCCCGGACUCCCGUAGGGCUGGAGGCCGUUUGCUGUCGUUGGACACAUUUAGAGGACUGGCAAUUGUGGUUAUGAUAUUUGUGAAUUAUGGUGGAGGAAAAUACUAUUUCUUCAAACAUGCCCGUUGGAAUGGCCUUACUGUUGCAGAUUUGGUCUUCCCAUGGUUCCUUUGGAUUAUGGGGGUCUGUCUUGUCUUCUCCGUGCGUUCACAGCUGAGACGCGCUACCAAGAGACACGUUAUGGUGAUGAGGAUUCUUAAAAGAUGCGUCAUUCUCUUUGCUCUCGGCAUUGUUGUCAACAGUGAGGGUCACAACUACUUGCCGACUUUCCGUAUUCUUGGUGUGCUCCAGCGCUUUGCUAUAUGCUACUUUAUUAAUGCUGUUAUGGAGGUGUAUUUAAUGGAACCUCAGGAAUCACCACAGUACGUUUGGUACUGGCCGGUGAGGGACUUGGUCAGGUCUUGGCUACAGUGGCUUUUAACAGUUAUUCUUGUAGCAGUUCAUAUAGCCAUCACCUUUAGCUUGAAAGUUCCUGGAUGUCCCACUGGCUAUCUGGGUCCUGGAGGUUUGCAUGAAGGAGGAAAAUAUGCAAAUUGUACAGGUGGUGCUGCAGGGUACAUUGACAGGAUGGUGCUUGGAACUUCUCACGUUUACCCCAGACCUACUUGCCAAGUGAUAUAUAAUGGUGACACCCCAUAUGAUCCGGAGGGCAUUCUGGGGGCACUGACUUCAGUAUUAAUUGUUCAGUUUGGCGUUGCAGCUGGCCGCAUCAUUGCAACUUAUCAGGACCAUAAUUCUCGCAUUAAGAGGUGGAUUAUUUGGGGCGUUGUAACUGGACUUUUAGCUGGAUGCUUCUGCGGCUGGAGGAAAGAAGGAGGCCUCAUCCCAGUGAAUAAGAAUCUUUGGUCUUUGUCGUAUGUCUUAACCACCGCCUGCUUUGCCUUCUUCCUUUUCUCGGUCUUUUACGUGGUGAUAGACAAAUGGCAGUGGUGGAGUGGAAAUCCUCUCAGAUAUGCUGGAAUGAACUCGAUCGUCCUUUACGUCGGGCAUGAGAUCUGUGGCUCACUCCUCCCCUUCUCGUGGCAACCAGUCGGCCAGUACCACGUUUAUCAUCUUAUCAUGAACCUUUGGGGUGCGAGUCUUUGGGUGUUUAUUGCUUAUUUCCUUCAUCUGAAGAAGAUUUAUGUAUCAGUGUAAAGUGAACUGGAGAAGGUGCUUGAAAAUUGCUGCUGUUGUUACUAAGGUUAUCUGUCAGUAUAGAGUAUACUGAAGGUUGAAAGUUACUACUGAAGGCUUAUCUAUCAGUAUAGAAUAUGCUGGAGAGAGUGGUUGAAAGUUACUGCUAUUGUUACCAUGUCUACUUCUUUUUUAAGCCUGAUUAGUUUUUGAUUAUGUAUUGGCCAUAGUUUAUUUAUGUGAAUCUAUAUAUAAGCAUAAU